CUGGCAAGGUACUCCCAAGCCCCUAGCAAUUCACUUGCGUCGAUGCACUGUCGUCGGUUCCAUUGAUGAACUGCCAUUGAUCCAUGGCUAGUGUAGGCGUUUUUAGAUGCAUAGUGGUGUUCAUUGCGACCUGGGGAGCUUUCAUAUUUCAUUAUGGUGGUUCCUGUUGAUCAUUGAGCUGUGAUUCGUGUCGAAAGGGAUUAGCUUUAUUUUGGAGAUAGAGCUGCCCCCAUGGACAGAUAUUGUCAAGACUGGUAAAUUGAAGGAGCUUGCACCAUAUGAUCCUGACUGGUAUUACAUUAGAGCUGCCUCAAUGGCAAGGAAGGUGUACCUGAGGGGAGGCCUGGGCGUGGGAGCUUUCCGAAGAAUCUACGGUGGAAGCAAAAGGAAUGGAAGUCGACCGCCCCAUUUCUGCAAAAGCAGUGGUGCCAUCGCCAGACAUAUUCUUAGUGAACUGCAGAAGUUGAACAUUGUAGAAGUUGUUCCCACUGGUGGAAGGAGAAUCACCUCAAAUGGACAGCGGGAUCUCGACCAAGUUGCUGGACGGAUUAUUGUUGCCCCUUGAUGAGUGAGUAGGUGCGCGAGGGCAAAUCAUGCCAAGGGUUUGCUGUGGGCAAUUCUUGUUGGGAUAUAUAGUGUAGGCCUUUACCUAGUGGUCAUUGCUUUCAAAGAUGUGCACUGAAUCCAGUAAACUAUCAAAGCAUUAAGCAGGUUUUCACCAAUUUCUUCGGUUUAUGUAUUGUCGAGGCUGUACAUUGUGUCCAAUUUCUUCUAUCUCCUUCUCUUGAUGUUUUUCAUAUUAUGUCCGAUGUUUUGCCAGAGGAACUUUGUUGAUUUGAAUGAACUGGGUCUACCUCAAUAUAAUUUUAGUGAGGGUGGAGUUGCCUUGCACCAACUUGCCGUAGCUUGAUUGGACAU